GCAAAAAUAAAAGACACUGGCAAACCAUAACAACCCGUACUUCACUUUGUGCCUCAUGAAAAACACGAUACACAGAGAGACCUUCUUUAGCUAAAUCGCCAAACGCUGCCCACCAUUCAUUUCCUGUCUGCUGAACGGAGACGUGGAUAGAUAGAUCGAGAAAGAGAGAGAGAAAGAGUCUUCCUCCUUUUGGGUAAUCCGAAUAUUUAUAAGGGAGGAUAUUUCUUUUUGGGACUCGGCUUUGUGUGUGUUGGGUAUCUCAUUUAUGGUUGAAGCGAUGGAGUGGGAUAGUAGCAAUUCGGAUCUGAGCGAUGACGAGGACGAGGGUUUCGUCCUCAACGAUGGCGGUCCACUGCCCUUCCCCGUUGGAGACCUCUGCCAAACCGCGCCUCGUGGCUUCGUCGUCACUGACGCCCUCGAGCCCGACCACCCCAUAAUCUACGUCAACACCGUCUUUGAGAUGCUUACUGGCUACCGCGCUGAGGAGGUCCUCGGUCGCAAUUGCCGUUUCCUGCAAUGUAGAGGUCCAUUUGCAAAAAGAAGACAUCCAUUAGUGGACUCCACGGUAGUUUCAGAAAUUAGGAGAUGUCUUGACGAGGGUAUUGAAUUCCAAGGCGAGUUGUUGAACUUUAAGAAAGAUGGAUCUCCACUGAGGAACAGAUUACGAUUGACACCUAUAUAUGGAGAUGAUGAAAUGAUAACUCAUGUUAUUGGAAUCCAGUUCUUCACUGAAUCAAAUAUUGAUCUGGGUCCGUUGCCUGGCUCUUGGACGAAGGAAUCCAUAAAAUCUUCUGAUCGGUUUUGUUCUGUUCUUUCAGCUAUCCACCCCGACACCUUGGGGGACCGAAAUGUUUGUCGCGGGAUUUGCGGGAUAUUCCAAUUGAGUGAUGAGGUGCUGUCUCUCAAGAUUCUUUCACGUUUGACGCCUAGAGACAUUGCAUCAGUUGGGUCUGUAUGUAGACGAUUGUAUGAGCAAACAAAGAAUGAGGACCUUUGGAGAAUGGUCUGCCAAAAUGCAUGGGGUAGUGAAACAACUCAUCUUCUAGAGACUGUACCAGGUGCAAAGAGACUUGGGUGGGGUCGGCUGGCAAGGGAAUUGACUACUCUUGAAGCAGCUGCAUGGAGGAAACUGACUGUUGCGGGUGCCGUUGAACCUUCACGCUGCAACUUUAGUGCUUGUGCGGUCGGGAAUCGAGUUGUUCUUUUUGGUGGGGAAGGGGUCAACAUGCAACCUAUGAAUGACACCUUCGUAUUGGAUCUAAAUUCCAGCAACCCGGCAUGGCAACAUGUCCAAGUGAGCUCACCUCCUCCUGGUCGUUGGGGCCAUACACUUUCUUGCGUGAAUGGGUCUCAUUUGGUGGUAUUUGGAGGCUGUGGAAGGCAGGGCUUGCUCAAUGAUGUGUUUGUGUUGGGUUUGGAUGCCAAGCCUCCAACUUGGCGUGAAAUAUCUGGAUUGGCCCCUCCACUUCCAAGAUCAUGGCACAGCUCUUGCACCCUAGAUGGCACCAAGUUAAUUGUUUCUGGUGGUUGUGCUGAUUCUGGAGUACUCCUCAGCGACACAUUUCUGCUUGAUCUUUCAAUGGAGAAACCUGUCUGGAGGGAGAUACCAAUGGCAUGGACCCCACCUUCUCGGUUAGGCCAUACACUAUCUGUGUAUGGUGGUCAGAAAAUAUUGAUGUUUGGGGGUCUGGCCAAGAGUGGGCCCCUUCGAUUUCGUUCCAGCGAUGUCUUCACAAUGGAUUUAGGCGAGGAAGAACCAUGUUGGAGAUGUGUAACUGGGAGUGGAAUGCCUGGUGCUGGAAAUCCAGGGGGCAUAGCUCCUCCACCUAGACUUGAUCAUGUGGCUGUGAGCCUCCCAGGUGAGAGAAUCCUGAUCUUUGGUGGGUCGGUGGCUGGUCUCCACUCUGCGUCGCAGCUCUAUAUCCUGGACCCAACAGAUGAGAAACCUACGUGGAGGAUAUUAAAUGUGCCUGGGCGACCCCCAAGAUUUGCUUGGGGUCAUAGUACUUGUGUUGUUGGGGGCACAAGGGCCAUUGUUCUUGGUGGUCAAACUGGAGAGGAGUGGAUGCUAAGUGAGCUCCAUGAGCUAUCGCUGGCAAGUUCUAUUAUCUGAUUCAGAGGAUAGAGAAUAGAAAGCAGUCGCAAAGGUGUCAGUAGGAGCCUUCAACUGCCAAAUGCGAGAUCAUUCCCUGGAAUCAUUUUGUGGAGAAUGUUGUUUCUGUCACUAAUAGCUCUUUAAAAAUGUUACCUUAGUCAGGAUGUGUAUUAGGUGGUUGCUCAUAAUGCAUUAUAUUGUAUGGGGUUGUUCUGGCUUGGGAUAAAAUUCUAAUUGGCUUUUGAUGAGUGACUUGAGACAUGUCUGUUCUGUGAGGUUUGCAUGAGACUUGCCCUCCAAUACGUGCUGACGGAUUGUUCUUCACGCCUAGUUUAGUAGUAUCUGAAUGUACAGGUAGGUUUAUGUAUGUAGGUUUAGUUUCUACUUGUUCUGCUCAUGGGGCUGCUUAAGGCUAUGUAAAUUGAACCAAAAAACUGAAAGAGGUGCAUGUUAAUAAUAUGGCUACUGCUGGAGCCCUUAAAUCUUUA